GCGGGUCCCAGCGCGACAGGUACGGCCCGGCCCCUCUGUCCAGCUUCCUCGGGGUCUCCGGGAGCUCUGACCGGCCGCUCGCGCCGCUCUCGGCGUUCCACCUCGUCCUAACCGGUCUUCUGUGGAUUGAAAUGUCUAUGAUUUUAUCUGCCUCCGUCAUUCGUGUCAGAGAUGGCCUGCCACUGUCUGCAUCUACUGAUUAUGAGCAGGGCACAGGAGUGCAGGAAUGCAGAAAGUACUUUAAGAUGCUCUCCAGGAAACUUGCACAACUUCCUGAUAGAUGUACACUGAAAACUGGACGUUAUAACAUCAAUUUUAUUAGCUCUCUGGGAGUGAGCUACAUGAUGUUGUGCACUGAAAAUUACCCAAAUGUUCUGGCCUUCUCUUUCCUGGAUGAGCUUCAGAAGGAGUUCAUUACUACUUAUAACAUGAUGAAGACAAAUACUGCUGUCAGACCAUACUGUUUCAUUGAAUUUGAUAACUUCAUUCAGAGGACCAAGCAGCGUUAUAAUAAUCCCAGGUCUCUUUCAACAAAAAUAAAUCUGUCAGACAUGCAGAUGGAAAUCAAGCUGAGGCCCCCUUAUCAAAUCCCAAUGUGUGAACUGGGAUCAGCCAAUGGAGUCACAUCUGCAUUUUCUGUUGACUAUAAAGGUGCUGGUAAGAUUUCUUCUGCACAUCAGCGAUUGGAACCAGCAACUCUGUCAGGGAUCGUGGCGUUUAUCCUUAGUCUCUUAUGUGGAGCUCUGAACUUAAUUCGAGGCUUUCACGCCAUAGAAAGCCUCCUGCAGAGUGAUGGUGAGGAUCUCAAUUACAUCAUUGCAUUUUUCCUUGGAACAGCAUCCUGCCUUUACCAGUGUUAUUUACUUGUGUACUACACCAGCUGGCGGAAUGUCAAAUCAUUCUUGACUUUUGGCUUAAUCUGUCUGUGCAACAUGUAUCUCUACGAACUGCGCAACCUCUGGCAGCUUUUCUUCCAUGUGACUGUGGGAGCAUUUGUUACGCUGCAGAUCUGGCUGAGGCAAGCCCAAGGCAAGGCUCCUGACCAUGAUGUCUGACAUCUCCCUCAGAUGUAUUGCCUUUGCCUUCAGGAGACGAAGGCGAGGACAUAUAUUAACUGCCACUGUGAGAAAGAGACCAGUCACCACACGCGAGAAGCUCUGCUUGCUUUCUCUCCCCAUCUUCCAGUUUUGUUUUUACAAAUCAGCCUGGCAUGCCUGUAAGCAUGCAAGACCUGCUAGGAAAACUCUCAGAAGAAUCUUGCAGUGGAGUAUCAGGCUUACCACACAGUAGAAGUUCAACAUCAUCCGAAGACCUGGCAGUUAACCAAAAUCUGGGUGUGGAACGUGCUCUGAGGACCAAGCAGGAAUGCUACGACCUGAGUUUGCCUUUGUGAGGCAUUAGAGACCAAUGAAGAAGAUGCUGCAGAGACUGGAAGGCUAUAGUCUAGAACAAGGACUGUACUAAAUAUCAGAUUGUUUGCACAGUUAUAGUAUCAAGAGUUAUGAAGUCCAGAAUGGUGUGAAAAUGGUUCCUUUUCUGUUUCUGCCAGCCUCUAACUCUGGAAAUCACCUGGUGUGGGAGAAGGCUGUGAUGCAUCUGGAAUCUCACAGACCCUGACGACACAGUGACACGUGUUUUCUUUCUAGACCAUGUUUGUCAUUUAUUUUGAAAUCACUAAAAAUACAUGAUUCGUUUGAUUA